ACAGUUAACUGGACUACCUGGACUGUGGAUUCAGUUCAAUAUUGUUCUUUGAUAAUGGUGUGUUUAGGCAGGUUUGUAGUGCUGGCUGUGUUUGUGUGGUUUACCCAUGCAAAGACAUUGGCAAGGCCUCUGCAGGCCCGUUGGAAUUCGCAGGAGCUGCCUUGGGCUGCUAAAUCUCAAAUGCCUGAAAACAUGCACCAGUGGUGGCCUCAACAGGUAACCCAGACUACAAAAGCGGCAUCAACUCAGGAAUGCGAAGUAGCGGACCAAGAUCGAAUUACUUGUGGAGCCCCUGAUAUCACCCAUCCCCAGUGUGAAGUGAUAAACUGCUGCUUUGAUGGGCGUCGGUGCUACUAUGGGAAAGCAGUCACAGUGCAGUGUACCAGAGAUGGUCAGUUUGUGGUAGUGGUGGCUAGGGAUGCCACUCAGCCCAACCUGGACCUAGAUUCAAUCAGUCUGAUUCAGGGGCAUGACUCCACCUGUAAGCCUGUUGGCAGCACCACAGCAUUCGCUAUCUACCAGUUCCCUGUCACUGCCUGUGGAAGCAUGUUUACGGAGGAAACUGAUUUUGUUGUCUAUGAGAACAGCAUGACUUCUUCUUAUGAAGUUGGAAUUGGACCUCGAGGCUCAAUCACUAGAGACAGCCAUUUUGAGCUGCUGCUCCAGUGCAAGUACUCUGCAACUGCAGUGGAGGCCCUGGUUGUUGAGGUGAACACUGUUCCUCCACCUGCUCCAGUUGCUGUUCCUGGACCACUGCGAGUGGAGCUUAGGCUGGCUAACGGCCAGUGUUACCACAAGGGUUGUGUAGAAGAAGUGGAAGCCUAUAGCUCAUAUUACAAUGAGGUAGACUAUCCUGUUGUAAAGGUCCUGAAGGACCCAGUGUAUGCUGAGGUUCACAUCCUGGGGCGGACGGAUUCUAACCUGGUCCUAGUUCUGGAGCACUGCUGGGCUACGUCCUCCUCCAGUCCUCUCAGCCUGCCAAAGUGGGACCUCCUCAUUGAUGGGUGUCCAUACAGGGAUGACCGUUUCAUGACUAACCUGAUCCCUGUGGAUGGCUCUCCUGACCUGGAGUUCCCAACCCAUUACAGUCGGUUCAUGGUCAAGAUGUUCACCUUUGUCGAUGAUGAUACCUUGUCUCCCCUGAAUGACAGGGUUUUCCUUCAUUGUAGCACAAAUGUCUGCCACUCAACUAGCACCUACUCAUGCCAAAAGCACUGCAAAAGACAAAGGAGGGAUGUAGCUGCUGUCGAGUCUGUGGAUGGGGAGGGAACUGUGGUGUCCAGUGGGGAGCUGAUUCUAAUCCAACCAUAUCCACUCGAAGUCUAAAGGAAAUUAUUCUGGUCCUCCCCUUCAGAUGGACAUGAAGGAUUAACUUGAUACAUAUUGUCUUGUACUCCACUAGCUUUUUAAAUAAAAUACUUGAUUCACUCCAGGUUGUUAAAUGA